AUGGCUGAAAUUGAGUCGGCUAUUGCCCCCCACUUACGGACAGAGAGAGUUGUCCCGGGUAAAACGCCAGACAAUUUCAAGCCUCCCUUUGAAAUUUACGCUUCGCGGUACCCACAGUCGAUGAAAGAGCUGGUCUUUGCGAUUAUUGGAGUGCAAUAUUCUUCAUCUGACCUCAAUGACGAUGUCGCCAUGGAGAAGAUCAUCUCCUUCACCAGCUCAACAGCUGUCCCCAAUCAUCUUCGACCCACGUUGGAAGAGGUCGCUGCCGUGACAGACAACCGAAGCCACUACAACAUCGCUAUGCUGGCAUACUGGCCAGAUAGAAGGACAUGGAACGAAUGGUCGGAACAGACUGGGUUUCAAGAGUGGUGGUCUGGCUUGGAUCCGACAAACCAGUAG